AUGAUUAUUUUUCAAUUUCCGGUGCGUUUGGAUGAAGCGGAACAAGCUGCGCUGCGUAGUGGACAAAAAAUCAUUGCCAAAUUGGAGAUGCGUAUUCGGGAAUUGGAGCAGGAGUUGGAUGGUGAACAAAAACGAAGCUCAGACUAUGAGAAGGAAAUGAAAAAGGGUGACAGGCGUAUCAAAGAACUGCAAUUCCAGUGCGAAGAAGACAGGAAGAACAAUGACCGAUUAACGGAACUAGUGGACAAGCUGCAAAUUAAAAUAAAGGUCUACAAACGACAGGUUGAAGAAGCGGAAGAAGUAGCUGCAGUUAACCUAGGUAAAUACCGACAGUUGCAAACACAACUUGAUGAUGCCAACGAACGGGCAGAUAUUGCGGAAAAUUCCUUGGCAAAGCUUCGCUCAAAGAAUCGAGCUUCAACAAUUGCUCCGCUGGGUCUAAGCGCUAGUGCUAGUUUUAUACGAGUAUCGUCUCAGUCAGAUUUGGCGUAA